AUGGGAAGCAGGGCAAGAGGAAUGGUGCAUUUGGAGUUUGACGCCGGCCAUUCCACGGCCAUCCAUCCAGAGGAGCUCGAGGCAGAGAAGCAUCCACAUAUCACUGACUUCAAGACUGUGAUACUUCAAGAUUGCCCUUUACCAAAGGCAGCAGAUCCCAAGGAGACCGAGAAUGACAAAGUAGACCCCAUCUUGAUUCCUGUGACGGAUCAAAUUCUGCACCUACGAAAGCUAGGACAGGGGGCUAUGGGCGAGGUCUUCGAGGCCGAGUGGAGAGGCAAAAGAGUUGCGUCAAAGCGUCUUCUGCCGCAGUUCUGCGAGGAUGCUGCUUCCAACAGCUACAACGAUUUCCUGACUGAAGCGAAGAUCAUGUCCAUCGUCGGACCACACCCGAACGUGGUGGACUUCUACGGCCUGCGGGACGUACCGGGCGAAGCUCCGAUCAUCCUGCUCGAGCUUCUGGAUGGCCCGAGUCUCGGAGAUUUCCUCCGUCGGUUUGAAAAACGAGGGUCGUGGAAACCCAAGAGAGCGACGAUCGUGUCGUGGAUAACGUGCAUGUUAGAUGCUGUCAGGCAUCUUCACGAUAGAGACUUUCCUAUCUUACACCGUGAUAUCAAGCCCGACAACCUGCAGCUUUCCGAGGACCUCAGGACCCUGAAGCUCAUCGACUUCGGUGUUAGCAGGACGAUAGCAAAGGCCGGCAUUCGCCGUGAGAUGAGCAUGUGCACUGGAACUCUUCGCUACAUGUCCCCUGAGGUUUACAGCACCAAGACGUUGAAGGGGAACUAUGGGGUCAAGGCCGACAUCUACUGCUGUGCGCUGGUCAUGUGGGAGAUCUGCACGGGGCAGAAGCCCUUCACGACACCCAAGGAGCUCUGCCUGCUGAAGAUAGAAUUGCACACCUUCCCGGCCGGCCCUCACCUGAAGAAGACCCUCAGCCUCGACAGCCUUCCAUUCAGUGUGGAGCUGCAUGCUCCAUACAAUGAUGAGCCUCAGGCCAGCGCUGCCACUGGCCACCGCUGA